CUGCAGUUCACUAUGCAUCUCACGGUUACACCGGAGUCGGCCUUAGCAGAUGAAUCGGUGAAGAUCAAAGCUUGGGGCCUUCCUCCACAUCAGAUUGUUACCAUUAGAGCAUGGCUGAAAGAUGAAAGAGGAGAAAUGUUUUACUCCCGAGCUUUCUAUAGAAGUGAUGAUGAAGGAAAGGUGGAUCUUCAGCAAUCCCCAGCCACUGGUGGAGACUAUCAUGGAGUUCAUCCAAUGGGACUUUUCUGGUCUCUGAAGCCGGUCACUCCAUACUUCAGGUUGAUGAAGCGGGAUGUGAUGGGGAGUCCCUUUGAGAUUCACCUGGAACUCUAUGGUCAGCUGGAACUUGACGCUAUGCCAGAAUGUUCUCCUAAUGCUACUGCGUGUCUGAGAAGAUGGUUUGUGGCUCCUGGGGUCCAAAGAUUGCAAGUCCGAGAAGGGCGACUUCGGGGAGCUCUCUUCAUUCCUCCAGGUGAGGGCCCAUUCCAAGGAGUCAUUGAUAUAUUCGGGGGUUUUGGUGGCCUUAUAGAGUAUCGAUGCAGCCUCCUGGCUAGUCGUGGCUUUGCCACACUUGCUUUGGCUUAUUUUGCUUAUGAGGAUUUGCCAAAGACCCUCGACUAUCUGGAUCUAAAAUACUUUGAAGAAGCUGUUCAGUUUCUAAGCAGUCAUCCAAAAGUGUGCGGAAGUGGAGUUGGAGUCAUAGGUUUCAGCAAAGGAGCUGAGAUGGCUCUAGCCAUGGCGUCUUAUAUACCACAUAUUGCUGCUACAGUCUUCAUCAAUGGAACCGUGGCAAUUAGCGGCAGCACCGUCCGUUACGGGGACCUUAUCCUGCCUGGAAUUCCAUACCAAAGAGAGAGGACACUUAUAACACCCUCUGAAGCUUGUAUUGUAUCUCCCUUAUUAGGAGACCUGUCAAAACCAGAAAACCAGGCCAGUGUACUUCCAGUGGAAAAGGCCAAAGGUCCCAUCCUCUUCCUGGUGGGAGAAAAUGAUAAGAGCUGUGAAAGCUUAUAUUUUGCUAGAUUGUCAUUGGCCAGAGCAAAAAAGUGGGGCAAGAUGGACGUGUACAUAGAGAGUUAUCCUGGAGCCGGACACCUCCUAGAACCUCCGUGUUCUCCUUUCAGUCUUGUAUCAAGAGUAUCUUCAUCACCAAGUCUGAUAAUGUGGGGAGGGGAGCUUGUCCCGCACUGCCAGGCUCAGGAAAUCAGCUGGCCAAUAAUACAGGACUUCUUACGUAAAAAUAUUCCAUGUUCUAAGAAGAAUAAAUUGUAAAACGACUGGUCACGGAAAUAAAAAAAUAAAUAAAAACUU